AUGCCUAGAGUAGAGGAUAAUUGUGGACGCCACUUCCCAAGAGCAAGAACUGGCGUCCGACGAGAUAUCGCGUUCCCAGUUUAUCGACGUGGUCAAGGAAUGAAUUCGACGUGGUCAAGGAGCGAAUUCGACGUGGUCAAGGAACGAAUUCGACGAAGCAUGGGGCCGCGAAUUGUUGUUGGGCACGUUCAACCCUAUGGUUAUCUUAGAUCGGAGAUUCUUGAAGUCGUGAAUGACAUUCUGAAGCCGAUGGUAGACCACAUUGCAAUACAGGAAACUGCGUCUAAGCCGUUCAAAAAUGACCUGGAAGUGAAACUCAGAGAGUUGCUCACGUCGCACAUUGAAGGCCAUCCGAUAACGUAUAAUCACUACCUGACAGAUACAGUACAAACAGUCCAAGAGGAGAGGCGUCGAAACAGUCUGGGAAAACAAUUUCUUGAGACAAUAGGGCCUGAACAGUUUGAUAGUGGUCAAAAAAGCAACAUUUAUCCCGCUCGAGUCUUCAAGCAACUAGGAAACUACAUUAAAGUUGAUAUGGAGCGUAGUGGCAGCGAACUCGUAGUCGACUAUAUGGAGGCCUAUUUUAAGGUUGUCAAUUCGAGGUCAAUCAGUUUAUUGGCAUACGCUAAAGCUCACAAGAAAUUUAUUGACGAUAUUAGUGUGCUGGCAGCAGAGAGGUGCCUUAUCAACAAACUGCCAUCCUUGUUUCCAUCAGAAACCAUCCUAGACCUGCGGGAUGACGAGGUAGCUGAUAUGGCCACAGAAAGUGAUGCACUGUUACUAGAGAGGGCACUAAAAUAG